UAUAUAGCGUAUAGUGUAAGCGUUAGAGAUAAGUAUAUCUAUGUAUAUGUAAGGAUAGGAAUAAAUCGUCAGUCAUAAAACAGUACUCGAUUAAGCAACACGCAACUCUAUAAUAGUUGGCGACGAGGAUAAAGCUACCGAAAAAGUCAAAGUACACAAGUCUAAAGUCAUGUCGUUAAUCGGUGAAAUUGAACCAUUUGUCAUGGGCGAGAGCAUCAGGGAGUACUUGGAACGUAUGGAUAUUUUUCUCCAAGUAAACGAGGUGGAACCAUCGAAGAAGACGAUUAUGUUGCUGACCUUGGGUGGAGCGUCGCUGUAUAGCCUCAUAUCAAAGCUGGUGUUGCCUGAACAGCCAAAAACGGUGAACUAUGAGAAGCUUUGCAUUAAGCUACAAGAGCAGCUGGAACAGAAAGUCAACGUAGUAGCGGAACGGUUUAACUUCAGAAACUGUCUGCAAAAAGAUCGGUCGGUUGCAGAGUACAUCGUUGAACUAAAAGCACUCGCACAAUCGUGUAAAUUCACGAGCUGUUUAGCACAAUGCUUGCGAGAUCAACUAGUAGCUGGUGUUCGAGAUGAAGGAUUACGAAAACGUCUUCUACGAGAGUCGGAUUUAACAUUCGAGAGUGCAGAAAAUAUCGCCAGAACGUGGGAAGCUGCAGAUGAACAAAACGAAACGUUUGCAGCGAAGGAGAAACCGAGGGAGAUGGCGGUGAUAAAGUGUGCGCCAAAACGAAGCGUCGGUCCGAAAGUGCACUACUACCGUGGAAGCAGUACACCUAUACAUCAACAGAGCAGUGCGCAUAAGCAGGAGAGCAAGUGUUACAGAUGUGGAAGAGCGCAUAAUCCACAGACAUGUCCUGCGCGUAUGUGGCAGUGUUUCACUUGUAAGAAGUAUGGUCAUGUGUCGUCGUGUUGCCGAAAUACUAACGUGCAUAGUUUGCGAUCGGAAUAUAGGGAUGUGUCACUAACACGCAUAUUCGAUGAUAACGCGAUUAGUAGUCCAGAAGUGUGCGUACUAAAAGUUAAUGAGAAAGACGUUGCGUUUGAGAUAGACUGUGGUGCGUGUAAUACAGUCAUACCGGAGAGUGUGUAUAACGAAAAAUUUGCCAAUAUCGAAUUAGAACAAACACAUUUGCGUUUUAUUACGGCAUCGGGUCAACGUGUAGUACCGUUAGGAAAAAUAUGUGUAAAUGUAAGCACAAAGAGUAAAACGGUCAGUCUAGAAAUAACAGUAAUCGCAACUGAAAACAAAGGGAAUCCUCUACUAGGUCGUGAUGCGUUAGACAUAUUAUUUCCUAAUUGGCGAAAAAGUUUUAAUUUAAAUCAAAUUGAUACCGAUAAAUGGCUUGAAGAAAUAAAAAAAAAUGUUUCCGAAUUUAACAAACGGUGGUCAUAAAGAAGCGAUAGAAGGAUUUGAAGCGAAUUUAGUGUUAAAGCCAAACUAUACACCCAUAUUUCACAAAGCGUAUUCAGUGCCGUUCGCUCUAAUUGAAAAAGUAGAAGCCAACCUAACUAAAUUAGUGGAUGACGGUAUACUUGUACCAACACGUACAUCGGCGUGGGCGAGUCCUAUAGUGGUGGUAGGAAAAAAUGAUGCACAACUCUAUAAUACACAAUACCAGGAAACAAACUGCAAACCACGUUUAAUCCAAAGGAGUUUCUCGUAAAAGAAAAGGAAGGGCCGAUGGUGACUAUUAUGGAUACAGAGACGGGUAAAAAGUUCAAAAGAAACUCGGCACACUUAAAGAAAAUUACCAACACCGACAUCAGAGAAUCAGAACUCAGAGAACUUCGAGAAGAAACUAGGAAUAAUUUAGAGGAAACAACGAGUCGUGGGCAACGGCAAAGGAAAGCUCCAGCCAAAUUAGCGGAUUA